GUUUCCACCUGGCGGCCAUUUUGCCCCGGGUCGUUGACAAAAUGGCGGUGUUGCUGGAAACGACGCUUGGUGAUCUGGUGGUUGAUUUGUACACGGAGGAGCGGCCUCGGGCCUGCUUGAAUUUUCUGAAGCUUUGUAAAACCAAGUAUUAUAAUUAUUGUCUCAUCCACAAUGUUCAGCGAGACUUCAUUAUGCAGACUGGUGACCCAACUGGAAGUGGUCGUGGAGGCGAAUCUAUUUUUUGUAAACUCUACGGAGACCAAGCCAGAUAUUUUGAGGCCGAAAAUGUGCCCCGAAUAAAACACAAGAAAAAGGGAACAGUAUCCAUGGUGAAUAAUGGCAAUGAUCAGCAUGGUUCUCAGUUCUUGAUUACUAUGGGAGAAAACUUGGAUUAUCUCAAUGGUGUACAUACAGUGUUUGGUGAGGUGACUGAAGGCAUGGAUGUUCUAAUGAAGAUCAAUGAAGCAUUUGUUGACAAGGAUUUCAGUCCAUAUCAAGAUAUUAGGAUAACCCAUACAGUAAUACUGGAAGAUCCAUUUGAUGACCCUAAAGAUUUGCAAAUUCCAGAUCGCUCACCAGAACCCACCAAAGAACAGCUUGAUAGUGGCAGAAUAGGAGCUGAUGAAGAAAUAGAUGAUUCCAAAGGAAAAUCAACAGCGGAAAUUGAAGAGGUGUCGGCAGAGAAAGAAGCAAGUACACGGGCCAUUCUGCUGGAAAUGGUUGGAGAUUUGCCAGAUGCAGAGAUAAAGCCCCCUGAAAACGUGCUUUUUGUUUGUAAACUCAAUCCAGUUACUACAGAUGAAGACUUGGAAAUCAUUUUUUCAAGAUUUGGAUCAAUCAGAAGCUGUGAGAUCAUACGAGAUUGGAAAACUGGAGAAUCUCUCUGCUAUGCCUUCAUUGAGUUUGAGAAGCAAGAAGACUGCGAGAAAGCAUACUUUAAAAUGGAUAAUGUGCUGAUAGAUGACAGGAGGAUCCACGUGGACUUCAGCCAAUCUGUUGCUAAGGUUCAGUGGAAGGGGAAAGGUGGAAAAUAUACCAAGGAGGAUUUUAAAGAGUAUGAGAAGAAUCUUGGCAAAUCUUCUAAUAUUUCCCUGAAGGAUAAAGCACAACUUAAGCAAGACUCCAAAUAUGAGCUGUUGUUGGAUGAGGGUGAGGCCAGUAGAAGCCACAGACAUAGCAAGAAACACCACAAGGAAAAACGGCAUCGGCGACAUUCAGAAGAAGGAGGUGACAAGCGGAAGGCAACAAAAUACAAGGCAGCUGCUGAGAGCGAGCUCGAACAACACAAAAGCCCAGAUGCCAUUGAUGAAUACGGCAGGGAUAAAAAGAGGGAUCAAAAGAAGCGUGAUCAUUAUCGGAGCCGAAGCAGAAGUGGGUCCCAGGAGAGAGACUACCACAAACACAGCAAGAGUAAGAAGAAGUCCAAAUAUCGUGAAGACACAGAAGAGAGGAAGAGCAGAAGUCCAAAACAAUCUAAGAAUAUGGAAUGAGUAUGGCUGGAGAGAGGGGAAUGCAAAUGGAUAGCUGUUUCUGGUGCAUUGUGGUCAAAUUAAAUUUAAUUCUUAAAAUGUUAAUAAAACAUGCAGGAAUGGCGUUCACAUUUUAAAUAAUUUUGUACUUGGUGUUUAGAACACAUCAGUUACUGCAUUGGCCAAAUGGAUCAAUCCUUAACAAUAUAUUUAACAUCAGAUUAUUUUAAAUGUAAAGCAGAUGUACAGCAUUCUGGAAUAGAUUAAAUGGAUCACAAUUGAAAUGGCAAAAACACUCUUGAAAUAAUUUCAAUCUCAUUUCCUGGAAAGCAAAAAUGGAAAAAGUUUGUUUCCAAAGGCACAAACAAAAUAAAGAAAACUCAGUGUAAUGCCAUUAUGCAAAAUUAUCAAUUUCAAAUUGUGCAGUAUAUGCAGUUAGUAUUUACUGGGUACUGUAUUUCCAAAAUAUUCAGUGGAUAUAUUAGGUAUGCAUUGCAAUGUUUUUGUAAUUGCUGCUCUGUACAACAGUACAAAAGUCUUUCAAUGCGAGAAAAUUUGAGCACUUGAAAACUAUUGUUGCCAUAGCAGCAUCCCUUUCCUCAACAUACAAGUACUUUUGCAUCUUUGGUAAUCUCUCUGGGAAUUAACAAGAGUCUAUUAGAUUAAGGGUGAAAAAUCAGAAACCGAUUUGAGUGGCUGAAUGGCCAUUCCUCAAAAACAAAAAAAGUACUUUGUUCCCCUCUUCAAUUGUGGAAACAACAAGGUAAUAAUUUUACUGCACUAAAUCUUUUACCAUAAUAAGUCCUUAGGGCCAUUUAACCUUUAAAAUAGGAUCAGUAUGCUUGGGACCAUAGAGGGAGGGCCAAGCAUUCAUUUGCAAAGUGACACAAAUACAAUAGGCUACUUGGCAAUAAUUCUGUGGUUUAUGGACCAGUGGAGUUUAUUCUUAUUCAAAGAUGCUUUCAUGUUUAAAGGCAAAAGACAAAAUGGUUUCUCACUAUCAUUUUCUCAAUUAUUUUAAUCCCCUCAAUUACAUCACACUAACCUACCCCCAUCAUUCAAUGUACUUGUCAGUUUGGAUGUUUGUACUUAAGUUACAAUUUCAAAUGUCUUCUCCAAACUCACUGCCAUUUCCAGUCUAUCAUCUACAACUAAAAUGCAUGGACAUGUCCAACUCGUUGAAGCAAGUUUCUCUUGAGAGCAAAAGGCUAUCCACUUCAUACUUUCCCUAUAUCAGACAAUUCUAUGUGUUUUGCAGUAGAAUUUGGAUCUUGGCACAAGUCAAUGAAGAUGAUUGCAUGGAUAAACAAUAUCAGCAAUCUACUUGAAUCAUCUGUUUUGUCUGAUAGACGUUGAUCAAACUAAUUUUAUAAAAAUCAUUUUGCACAGAAACAUUUAAUUUUUUUUCUAGCUUUAUACCAAGUCAUCCAGGAAUUAUAUUUGCAACCAUUUAAAAUCUUAACCUCUGUAUUUUCAAAUUUGCCUCUUUUGCAUCCUAUUUUUGUUAUGGAUAGUUGUUUGUGAGCCCAAUUCUCAUCCAAAACACUUAUUUUAAAUGUAACCAGGUUUUGUAAGUGACUGCUGCCUGUUAAAUUUUACUUGAUAAAACUUAUUCUAAGCACCAUAAAUCAUUUUUAUUUAAAUGUGCUAUGUUAUUUGCAUUGUAAUGCUUUGGUUUUGAAUAACAGGGAUUUGAUAUUUGCAAUCCUUGGAUUCUUGAGUUUUUUUUACAUGGAGCUAUUACAUGUUUUUAGACUUUUGAACGCACAAACUGUACAAAGUACACCCCUAGUCAGGAUUGAACCUGGGUCGCUGGCACACGGAGGCAGCAAUUCUACUGCUUCGCCACUGUUUAAUAAAUAACAAGAAUUGAGUUCUUCAUAGAGGACAAGAUUUGUAAACUUUGACAAGUGUAAAAUCACUCCAGCCUUAAUAUGAGAACUCCAGAAUCCAUUCAAGCACUGGGAUUAGGAGCAGAAGACUGUAUCUUUAAACUGGAACCACUAUUUAAUAAGAUAACGGCUGCAUUCCUGUCCACCUAUGGUAACCUUUGCCCCCUAAUCAAGAACUAUUGUACUUCUGCGAUAAAAAUAUAUUAAAAGACACUGCUUAUUUUGAGAAUUUCAAA